CUCGCGGCUGUCAGUCGUCAGCCGAUCCGAUCAUUAAUCAUUGAUCGAAUUUACAAAAAAGGGUCCCAGGUAAAUAGAUACGCCUUUGAAAAACUUAAAAUCCUCGUUAAAUUAUGCAGUGACUCUACUGGGACCAAGAAAUAUCAAAAUUUCUUUUGAAUUAAGUUUGUCCUGGUGGGAUAUUAGCAUUUAAAUCCAGGUCAGUUUUCAUCCAGAGUGUAUUUAGUGUGUGGAUCCUGUGACUGAUUGAAAGUGAAAUUGGUGGAUAAAUAGGACGAAUUUCAUAAACAUUUUCCCUCUCAUAGAUGCUAAAUUAUGGCUGUGUUCCAGUGACAUUAUUUUAAAAAUUAAUCUUAGGGUUGGUUUUUAACUAGAAACCUUCAUUUCAACCCUUGCGGAUUAAAACUCAUUCAAAAUUACGAGAAAACAAGAUAGCAUGAGUCGAGGUGGUGAAGUGGGAGCCCGAGUGCAAGUUCCAGACGCACUCAGAGAGGCCCUGCUCGAAUUUACGAUAAGCUAUCUUCUGGAACAGCCGGGGGAUGUGAUAUCGUAUGCGGCAGAUUAUUUUACUCGGUUAAGGGAAACUAGGUGCAGUGCUAUAUUGUAUGAUGGGGCCGGGCCCUCGGACACCCUUUCUCCAGAUGAUUCCACUUUGUCUAGAGAAGAAGAACCACCGGUGGGUCGUUUCCAGAACCGACGUAAAUCGGUAUUCGCCGAAACCUACGAUCCGGAAGAGGACGACGAUGACGACGGUACAAGAACGAUAUUCCCGAAAUCGGAUCAGCAGAGGCAGUGCCUUUCGGAGGCCGUUAAAAAUAUUCUAUUGUUCCGGGCGCUGGAAAAAGAGCAGAUGAACGAAGUCCUGGAUGCCAUGUUCGAACGGAAAGUGGUAAAGGACGAGCUGGUUAUCAAUCAGGGCGAUGACGGUGAUAAUUUCUAUGUUAUUCAAAGUGGUGUAUUUCACGCUUUGGUCCGAAGCGAUCCCAGUCAGGAACCGAUGCACAUUCAUACUUACGACAAUCGUGGUAGUUUCGGAGAAUUGGCUUUGCUCUACAAUAUGCCCAGGGCAGCUACCAUCCUAGCUAUUACUGAAGGGUCUCUGUGGGCGAUGGAUCGACAGACAUUUAGACGUAUUUUAUUAAAAUCAGCCUUCAAAAAGAGGAAGAUGUACGAAUCACUGAUAGAAAGUGUGCCAAUGCUCAAAACACUACAGGCAUACGAAAGGAUGAAUCUUGCCGAUGCUCUCGUUCCUAGGACGUUCGGUAAACAAGAACGAAUUAUAAAGCAGGGUGACGCAGCGGAUGGAAUGUACUUUGUGGAACAAGGCGAAGUAGUUAUCAGCGUCCUGGACGAUAGCGGCAAAGAAAUCGAAAUAAAUCGUAUCGGCAAAGGCGGAUACUUUGGAGAAUUGGCUCUGGUCACUCAUCGACCUCGUGCGGCUUCGGUUUUCGCCGCCGGUGAUGUUAAAUUAGCCUGUAAGUAUCUCAGUUGA